CCGCCUUUAAAUCGUACAAGAAGAAGAAGAAGAUGGCGCUCGCUAAAUGAAAACAGAACCGUGCAACACGUGGAAAUGUUUAGCCUAUAGACAACUUUUUCUGAUUUGUUAUUUAAUUUUGACCAUUGCUUUUGUGUUGGUGCUUAAUCUGUUGCAGAAACAGCCGUCGAGGCUCCUCAAAUCAGUGCUAUUCGACAAAUCGCGCAGGUCUCCCGUGUCAGGAAUACAUGAUACUUCACAGAUCAGUGGAUUAAAGAAGUAUGGCUCUCGGCAGCGAAGACAGCACGACCCCGCUCGCGUCGCCGAGCACGCGGAAGAAUGUAACGUUACCGGCCGUGUCGCACGUUGGAGAUCUGAUCGACAUUGAUCCGCACUCGGAGCUCAUCUUCGAAACCCCCCCUCCUGAUGUUGUAGACUCUAUCAAUGAGUGUUUUGAGCAGUUCACCAGCACCGUGGAGAAAACAAGUGAUGCUACACUCCACCAGCUUUCUUCGGACAGUGACUCUGGUGAAAGCCUGUUUAUAACACAGUCUAGGACUAAAGCAGUCCGAACUGAAAGACGACUUCGAUCAUCUAGGAGACCAGAGUCCGUCUCUGAGGAUUCUGAAGAGAAUGAAGAGUCUGAAAAUGAGAGGGGAAGUGGAGGUCAGCGUGCGGAGUGCCCAAAAAGAAGAAAAAGUUCCAUCUAUAUUCCUCCUCGAAGAACUACCUUUCCAUUUCUGUUGAAAUCACUCAGACGACAACACCUGUCCUCAAAGAAGCACCAGAUUCUAGAGAACUCAGAAAUGGGGGGGUUCUUAAAAUGCAUAAGGAACAUCGAGGAGGGUUGUGUGAACACAGGAAGAGCAAUCAGUCCAUCUAUGCUGGAGUCUGAACUAAGUGAUAACUCUGAGGGGGAUGAGCACAACAGUGAUCAUGAAGUCACAAAAGUGGACAAAACCAUUUUUGUUCCAAGUUACUUUAAAGAAAACAAACACAAAUGGCUUCCACAAUCCUUCUUGGAGAUUAGGAUCCAGGGUUCUGUUUCAGAUGACAAUGAAGAACAGCUAUUCAACACCAAAGCAAAAGAGAAGAAAAGAAAAACUAAAUCUACCAAGAAAAACAAGGCUAGUGCUUCUGUUAAAAAACAAUCUAACAGCAAACUCGAAGCUCCCAAAAGCAAAGCUACAGUCAGGACCUCAUCAGAAUCGUCUGGUGACUCUCUCUUUAUGGAGCAGGAAAAACAACAUGAGGCGCAUGAGGUUUUAGCUUCAUGUUCAGAUGCUGAACACUCAGAUUCUGCCCAUUGCAGACAUCGACUUACUAAGCAGACUGUCCAGUGUGCUGAGAACUUGGAUGGAGAUCAUUUAGUGGUAAUUGAAGAGACACAGAGAAACUCAAUAGAGGCAGUUACAGAAGCAAUAGUUCACAUGGAGCAUGAUGAUAAUGCAAGUUCUCCAUCUCAAGCUGAUGACAUCAUUGGACUGGAAAACACUGUGUCAAACUUGCAGUCAGAAACAACAACAGAACAUGUGGAAAAAAAUAAUCCACCUGUCUUUUCAGACAGCUUGUUUACCAGUAAAGAGAAAAAGAAGAAAAAGCACAAAUUAAAAGAACAAGAGGAAGCCGAGUCUGGUGCAGAUACUCAUAGUGCAGACAAUGUUCAUUCAGUUGAGAUGGAGCAGUUCAGUGAAUCACAAACAACUGAGAUGCAACCCAAAAGAACAAAAAAGAAGAGAAAAGACAAAGAGAGGACAAAGAUGGCACACAUAGAGGACAAUAGUGGUACAGACAUCCUGUCAAAUGAAACUUGUGAAGCUCCUGACACCGAACAACCUGAGCAUAUACAGACAUCAGAGGAAAUCACAGGAUUAAAAUCAGUGAGGAAGAAAAAGAAGAAGAAUGGCAGAGAAGAAUCUCAGUAUGAAUCAGUUGAUGCUGCUCUGGAUGUGAAUUCAGUGUCUCAGUUUAAUAAUGUCACUGAUAGAUCAACUACUCAAGAGACUGUUGAAGAAAGACCAAGUGAUGUUUUUGAACAUACAGAAACUGAAUUAAUUGAUGCUGAACACUCAGAUUCUGUCCAGUGUGCUGAGAACUCUCAUUUAGAUCAUUUAUCUGUAAUUGAAGACGGACAGAGAAACUCUGUGGAGGCAGUUACAGAACCAGCAGUGGAUCAUGAGGAUGACCUGACGUCAGACAAUAACCUGCUCAACAAAAGCAAUUCUUUGUUGCCACCCCAAGGGGGAGACAUUUCUAUACAGAAUGAUAUUCAACAGACUGACAGUGACUUUGGCUCAGAGGAUUUAUUCACGCCAUUGAACAGUCAUAAAGCGGCAUCUGUUACAGCGAACAUGGAGGAGAGCGAUCAAGACAGUGAUGUGACUCAAAUAGAGACAGAAGGACAGUCUGUGUCCAUAUUUGGACCAGGAACACCAAGAUGGUGUGAUGGUGGCCACCAUGCACAUGAAGACAAUGACAGCGAUGAAACUCAAAUAGAGACUGAGGGAACAUCUAUGUCCGUGUUUGGGCCAGGAACACCAAACAAGCAGUUUACAACUCAAGACUUGAACAGUACCAAACACCCAGAAUCCCAAAAGACUGACCAGAUUCCUGUUGGCCUAAAUGCUGAACUGCUCUCAAGGAAAGAGGAAAAGUGUAACAAUAAAAAUAGGAAAAUGGUGUCGAGAUCUCAUAAGGAUUCUGAUGUAACAAAGGAGACCAUAGAUGUGCAACCAGCAUCUAAACAUUUACCACUAGCUGAUGAACCAUUAAAAGAAGUUUACUCAAUUUCAUCUGAGCGCCUCAAUCGAAGGGCGAUAGAGGAGAUGGAAACAGAUCCUCAGGAAACUCCUUUGUUUCAAAAUGGUGGACUGAGCUUUAUUAAAAAAAAAGGAAAGAGAAAGGAAAAAUUGGGUGAGAUUAAUUUCAUACAGUGUGUUUCAAAUGUAGAUGUGAGCUCUGAAUCUCCAGUUGGAGUUAAAACAACACCCAGAGAGAAGGAGAAAUUGCAUGAAGUGGAAAACAGAGUAACGACAAAUGAAGAGCAAAGGGAAGCAUCAGUUUUGCAUUUGGAGGAGAUACCAGAGAUCUUGGAGGAAAGUGUUUUAUCUAGGGUGGCAGAUGAUAGUGUUAUCACAAAAGUUAAGAGGAAAAAGAAGAAAAAGUACAAAUUAAAAGAACAUGAGGAUGUUGAGCCAAGUGUAGAAAAUCAGUCGGUUGAGACGGUUCAGUUCAGUGAGUCCCAAACUGCUGAAGUGACAUCCAAAAUAACUAAAAAGAAGAAGAGAAAAUAUGUAGAGGAGAAUAGUGCUACAGACUUCCCAUCAAAUGAAACUUUGGACUCUGAUAGACCAGCAGAGUUGAGAGGAAAUUAUCAAUCCAGUGAAGUUCAAGCGACACAUCUACCUGAGCAUAUACAGACAUGUCCAACACCUAAUUUAACUACAUUAAAAUCAGUAAAGAAGAAGAAAAAGAAGAAGAAAAGAGAUGAGACUGAAGAGCCAGAAUAUGAAUCUGUUGAUCUGGAUGUGAACUCUAUGUCUCAGUUUGAUCAUGUUGAUGGAGUAGUUGGACAACAGGUCAUUGAAGAAAGGCCAAGCGAUGACAACACAGCUAAACAUUUAGAAGGUACUACAGCACAUAUCUUAAAGGUUGCCAAACACAAAAAGAAAAGUCAGAAUGCAAGUUCUUGGUCUCAAAGUGAUGACAUUAUUGGACUGGAAAAACUAGCAUCAGGCUCGCAGUCAGAAAGCACAGAAGAGCUCUUGGAAAAGAAAAUGAAGAAAAGGCAGAAAUUAAAGGAGCAAAAGAACGCAGAACUUGCUUCAGAUAUUGGAGACAAUGUGCUGUUGUUUCAACAAAGUGAGUCUCCAACUACGGAUUUGCUAUCCAAAAAAACAAAAAAGAAGAGAGCCAACAAAGACAGGGAAAGAACAACAGAUAGCUCAUCAAAUGAAAUUUUGGACCACAUGGAUGAUAGACCUUCAGAAAUGAGAGGAAAUAAUGUGAUUCAGUCCAUUGAGGCCACCGAGACCAAUCAGUUUGAGCAUUUACAGACAUCAGAGGAAAUUACAAGAUGCUCUUCACCCAAUAUAACCAAAUUAAGCUUAGGGAAGAAAAAGAAGAAAAAAAUGGAUAGAAGUGAGAAACAACAGUGUGAAUCUGUUGAUGUCAAUCUGGAUGUGUCUCAGCUUGAUGUCGUCUCUGGGCUGAUAGCAGAAAAGAUGACUGAAAGAAGGCCGAGCGAUGGCAGUGCAGUGGAACAUUCGGAAGGUAAUGCAGCACAUGUGUUAAAGGUGGCCAAACGCAAAAAGAAAAGUCAGAAUGCAAGUUCUCCAUCUCAAGCUGAUGAUAUCAUUGGACUGGAAAACUCAACAGAACAUGUGGAAAAAACUAAUUCACCUGUCCUUUCAGACAGCUUGUUUACCAGUAAAGAGAAAAAGAAGAAAAAGCACAAAUUAAAAGAGCAAGAGGAAGCCGAGUCUGGUGCAGAUACUCAUAGUGCAGACAAUGUUCAUUCAGUUGAGAUGGAGCAGUUCAGUGAGUCACAAACAACUGAGAUGCAACCCAAAAGAACAAAAAAGAAGAGAAAAGACAAAGAGAGGACAAAGACGGCACACCUAGAGGACAAUAGUAAUACAGACAUCCUGUCAAAUGAAACUUGUGAAGCUCCUGAGACCGAACAACCUGAGCAUAUACAGACAUCAGAGGAAAUCACAGGAUUAAAAUCAGUGAGAAAGAAGAAGAAGAAGAAGAAUGACAGAGAAGAAUCUCAGUAUGAAUCUGUUGAUUCUGCUCUGGAUGUGAAUUCAGUGUCUCAGUUUAAUAAUGUCACUGAUAGAUCAACUACUCAAGAGACUUUUGAAGAAAGACCAAGUGAUGUUGUUGAACAUACAGAAACUGAAUUAAAUGACACUAAACACAAAAAGAAGAGGAAACGAUCAAGUCUGUCUGUUAAUAACAGUUCUGAGUUCAGCUCUUCUGAUGCACAAAUGCAGGAAACUGUCGCACCUGAGAGGAAGAGGAAGAAAACAAGAAACUCUGAUCACAUCACAAAUGUAGGUGGUGAACUGACUUUGGAAAGUUCUGAUCGUACAGUGCCGUUUGAAAAGUCUCAGAGCCCGAUGUUGAAAUCACCUGAAGUAAUUACAAAGAAAUCCAAGAGAAAGAAAAACAAGGAAAUGAAUGAAAGCAUAAAUUACAUGCUGGAUGAUAGUGCUGAACUAGAAACUGAACAAGAGACUGACUCAAUCAUACAACACAACAAUGCAGACAGACAGGCCAACAUUAUGAUCUCACUGGGAGAUUCUGCAGAUAUUAGAAAGAAAAAAAAGAAGAGGAAGAAAGAUACUGAAAAUAAUAUCACGGAAAUCUCCAUGUCUCAGAACGCUGACUCCGCUGCAGCAGUCAAUGGAGAUGAGACAACCAAAAGACCUGAAAAACACAGACAAAGGUGUCAUGACAGAGCAGGUUGUGUUCAAACUGAGUGUAAUGCAAAUAACUUUCUUGAUUCACACAGAAAACAGGAUACAUAUGAAGAGAAUCACCUAAAGGAGGGAUCUGGGGCAGGAGAAUCAUCUGUGUUGCACAAAAGAAAGAAAAAGAGGAAAAGAAGGGAGGAAAGUUUAUCUGUACUCGAUAGCUAAAACUCUUCAGUGCACAAUAGAAAAGUGUGUGCAGAAGUUGACAAUGGUAUAUUUGUUACACAGAAUAAUAAGGAGAGGAGGAAAAUGAUAAAGAGUAAUUAGUUUUAAAGCUCAGUUAAACCAUUUCAAAAGAAAAAUAAUCUUAACCUCUCAGGCAUUUAAGAUGAGCUAUAUGCAUAAAGUGUUUUCUGUUUAUGAUAAAUGGCCAAGAAAAAUGUAAAAGCAAAGAGAGGUUUGCAGAUUAAUAUAAACAAAAUGUCUAAAUCUGUGAUUAAAACAUUGUUUAAUUUAUUUUUCAAGAAUUGUUUUGUGAGACACAAACCCACAAACACAUGUACAUUAUUAUUGUUACUUGUUUUGUAGAUUAAAUUUUUAAAUAAUCAAAACAUUUUCAUUCGGUUUAUUAAAUCAUUGUACUGCCAAAUUAUAUAAUGUCUUCUAGAGCACUGUAUCAUUUUUAUUAUCAGAAUCAGAGUAUUUUAUACAGAAGCAAUGUGUUUGGUCAAUAUAAUAUUGACCUAUUUUAUACAUUUGCAUUAUGGACACUUUGUUACUCUGCUUCAGAGAAAUAAAAUAUAACGGGUUUCCCCGUGUGAUAAACAUC